GAAGGCUGUUCGAAUACGCCUCCCAGAGAAAAGAGCUCAAGUAAAUAAUUGAUGGAGAUUGAUCCGCCCAGGACAAAGCUUUGCAGAAAACCAGUGGAUCCGAUUUCGAGUGGUUUUGGAAUCCCCUGCCAAGUACAGGAUAUGGGAGCCCAGCACGGACUUUGAGUGCGGCUACGGAUCUUCCACCUCGGGUGUGGCUCCAGCCUUUUUGUCUUCUUGCCACCUUCCCUAUCACCCCCCGCCUCCCGGCCCGUCCCCGCCUUCGUCUCUUUCCUCUUGAAAGUAGCCUCUCUUUGGUUACUUCUACCCUAUCCUCCCUUGCAAUCCCGCCCUCUCCCCUGCCCAGUCCGGUGAGGUCAGCUCAUGAAUAUCAGUGCACUUCCUGAGGAGCGUCUGGCACCGCUUGGUACCUCGCGCGUUCGCCUGCCCGGAGCCGCAGCUCCAGCCGAGUCGCGGCCCGCGGGAAGUAACCGGCUCUGGGGGCCGCCGAACCUUCACGUUAACGCCAUUGUUUGGAGAAAUCGAGUGGGUGUGGAACUGGGGCGAGAGGGCCCAAAGUCGUGCUCAGCCAAAAAGUCGCAUAUAAUACUACGAAGUUAAACUUUCCUUGUCUUUAAAAGACAAAAAAAAAAAAAAAAAAAAAAAUUUAAAAAAUAAACCCUGAGGUCGCCGGAGGAUCAGAAGGAAAGCGCUGUUGAUUUGCAUCAACUUCGAAACAUCGCGUCUGCAGAGAAAUUAGAAAGGGAGGUUGGCGGAUUUGAGGAGGGAAAAGAAUGAUCUGGUGAUGGACCAUUCUAAAUCUCAUCUGGUAGAUUCUUCCUAGACCGCCAUGAGUCAGCCACCGAUGGGGGGCGCUGCCCCUGCCACAGCCACAGCUUCUGCGGCCGCCUCUGCCACUGAGGCUCGACUGCACCCAGAGGGCAGCAGCAGAAAACAGCAGCGUGCUCAAUCACCUGCCAGAUUAAGGGACAAUUCGGUCCGACAGACGACCGCGACCACCCGGUCCCCCGUGGGGGCCGGCACUAAACUCAACUCUGUUCGACAGCAGCAGCUGCAGCAGCAGCAGGGCAACAAGACUGGGAGUCGCUCAGUGCCCCCGACCAGCGCCCGAGGAGGCGGAGGCGGGGCGGAGAAGGCUGCGCCCCUGGCGCCCAAAGGGGCAGCGCCGGGAGCUGUCCAUCUCGCGGCUGGUGCUGAAGCGGCCCCCGCGGCGACCCUGGCCCCGGUGGGCGUCAGGAGGCCUGGCCCGUCGGAGGAGCCAUCCCGGGAGCUAGAGCCAGUGUCCGCCAAACUCGGGGAACCCCCUCCACUCGGGGAAGGAGGAGGAGGGGGUGGGGAAGGAGGAGGAGCCGGCGGCGGCUCCGGAGAAAGGGAGGGGGGCGCUCCGCAGCCGCCGCCGCCGCCCAGGGGCUGGCGAGGGAAAGGCGUACGCGCUCAGCAGAGGGGCGGCAGCGGCGGGGAGGGGGCCUCCCCUUCACCAUCCUCCUCUGCGGGCAAAACCCCAGGCCCCGGCAGCAGAAACUCCGGAAGCGGUGUUGUGGGGGGCGGCAGCGGUGGCGGUGGGAGCUACUGGAAGGAAGGAUGUCUGCAGUCUGAGCUCAUCCAGUUCCACCUCAAGAAGGAGCGAGCGGCAGCGGCGGCAGCCGCGGCUCAGAUGCACACUAAGAACGGCGGCAGCAGCAGCCGCAGCUCCCCGGUCGCUGGCGCCCCUGCCAUUUGCGAGCCUCUUGCAGUCCCUUCCGUCUCCCCAAUGGCGGCGGCAGCGGAGGGCCCCCAGCAGAGCGCCGAGGGCAGCGCGAGUGGAGGGAGCAUGCAGGCGGCGGCGCCUCCUUCGUCGCAGCCGCACCCGCAGCAGCUCCAGGAGCAGGAAGAAAUGCAGGAGGAGAUGGAAAAGCUGAGAGAGGAAAACGAGACUCUCAAGAACGAGAUUGAUGAGCUGAGGACCGAGAUGGACGAGAUGAGGGACACUUUCUUCGAGGAGGAUGCCUGUCAACUGCAGGAAAUGCGCCACGAGUUGGAGAGAGCCAACAAAAACUGCCGGAUCCUGCAGUACCGCCUCCGCAAAGCCGAGCGCAAAAGGCUCCGCUACGCACAGACUGGGGAAAUCGACGGGGAGCUGUUGCGCAGCCUGGAGCAGGACCUCAAGGUUGCAAAGGAUGUAUCUGUGAGACUUCACCACGAAUUGGAAAAUGUGGAAGAAAAGCGAACAACAACAGAAGAUGAAAAUGAAAAACUGAGGCAACAGCUUAUAGAAGUUGAGAUUGCAAAGCAAGCUUUACAGAAUGAACUGGAAAAAAUGAAGGAGGAAAAGUUUGUAGAUGUUAUACUUUCUGACCCUUUGUACUUUUGAAAAUAAUAUGUGGCUGACU